AUGCAUUCGAUGGGCCCCUUGGCACGCUGGCGCACGCUUUCUUGCCGACAAGCCGACGGCCGGAUCCACCUGCACACCUCGGAGACGCGGGUGGCCGGUAGCGACGUGUCGCAGGCCUCGCUGGACGCAGCCGUCGACCUGAAGUGUAGCAGUGUAUUCUUUGCCAUUCAAAAGUAUGGAAGUAUAGGCGAGGGGGAGGAGCCUGUUGCGGCUACCGAGCUACUCCGGCUUCCGGAGAUUCAUGCUGGAGUGCGAUAUGCUUUUGCUGCUGUGGAAAAGUGCCAGCCCAUAAACAGCCUCGAUCCUCAAAAUUUUAUAAACGAGUCGAUUAUCGAGAUCUUGGAUGUGGCGACGGACGCCGAGACAAGGGACGUGUUCCUCGUCACGGAGCUCGUCGCCGACGGCCGCACCCUCCGCGAGUCGCUCUGGAGGCCUGUAUCCGAGGACGUGACGCGCGUGAUGAUGGAGCAGCUCCUGGACGCUGCAAAGAACAUACAUGGAGCCGGCGUCAUCCACCGGGACUUCAAGCCGGAGAACGUCAUGGUCGGCUUCUUCGGCGGGCUCAAGGUUGGUGACUUUGGGUCGGCGAUGCGGGCGAAGCCGGCCGGAGUGCCCUAUGAGGAGUGCUGUGUCGGCACCCUGAUCUACACCUCACCGGAGCAGCUGGAAGGCAACCGGUACUACGGCCAGGCCGUGGACAUGUGGGCGCUUGGGUGCAUCAUGGCGGAGAUGUUGGCCGGCGCGACCCUCUUCAUGGCGGACACAGAGGAGGAGCUGCUCGCCGAGAUUUACAAGUUGCGAGAUCAGAUCACUUCUACGGGGAAGCUCGACCUGGAGUUCUUCGAGGAGCUUUCGGAAGCCGGGCGUGAGGUCCUCACCGGCCUGCUUGCCUUCAACCCCGCCGAGAGGAUCACGGCGGCGGAAGCGCUCGAGCACCGGUGGUUCAGCAAGCCCAAAGGAGCAGAGCACCCUGGCUUUGUGUCGCUGAAGAGUUAAUUAGCUUGAUGUAGCAUCUGAUAGAUGCAGUGCCACUGGUUAAU